UAAUUUCGUCAUUUGAAGCGCUUGCCCUUUCUUCUUAUAUCCUCUCCUUCACUCUAUUCAAAACCCUAGUCAGCUCCCCUCACUCUCACUUUCUCUUCCAUUUUCUGCUUAUUUCUUUCAAAGCCCUACUACACUCUUCGAGCUCUUAAGGCAAAAUGGGUGAAGCAAAAGAAAACGACGCCUACGAGGAGGAGCUGCUCGACUACGAGGAAGAGGUCGAAAAUGCCCCAGACUCCGUCUCCGCUAAGGCCGCUGCUGAAUCUGCUAAGAAGGGCUACGUUGGAAUUCACAGUUCCGGAUUCAGAGACUUCCUGUUGAAGCCAGAGCUUCUACGAGCCAUUGUAGAUUCUGGAUUUGAACAUCCUUCAGAAGUGCAACAUGAAUGCAUUCCUCAAGCUAUACUAGGAAUGGAUGUCAUUUGCCAAGCAAAAUCUGGGAUGGGGAAGACUGCUGUUUUUGUUCUGUCCACUUUGCAGCAGAUUGAGCCUGUUGCUGGUCAAGUUGCUGCACUUGUUCUUUGCCACACAAGAGAAUUAGCAUACCAGAUAUGCCAUGAAUUUGAGAGGUUCAGUACAUAUUUGCCCGACAUAAAGGUUGCUGUCUUUUAUGGUGGUGUCCAUAUCAAGGUUCACAAGGAUAUACUAAAAAAUGAAUGCCCUCAUAUUGUUGUUGGAACUCCUGGAAGAAUAUUGGCUCUGGCAAGAGAUAAAGACCUUGGAUUGAAGAAUGUGAGGCAUUUUAUCCUAGAUGAGUGUGACAAGAUGCUUGAAUCACUUGAUAUGAGGAGAGAUGUGCAGGAGAUUUUCAAGAUGACUCCUCAUGAUAAGCAAGUAAUGAUGUUUUCAGCGACACUUAGCAAGGAAAUUCGCCCUGUUUGCAAGAAAUUUAUGCAAGAUCCUAUGGAAAUUUAUGUAGAUGAUGAGGCCAAGUUGACUCUUCAUGGUCUUGUACAGCACUACAUUAAAUUGACUGAGAUGGAGAAAAAUCGCAAGUUGAAUGACCUGCUUGAUGCCUUGGAUUUCAACCAAGUAGUCAUUUUUGUCAAAAGCGUGAACAGAGCAGCUGAGCUGAACAAGUUAUUGGUGGACUGCAACUUCCCCUCAAUAUGCAUCCACUCUGGAAUGUCUCAGGAAGAAAGGUUGACACGGUAUAAGGGUUUCAAGGAGGGGCACAAGCGAAUUCUUGUGGCAACGGAUUUGGUUGGAAGAGGAAUUGAUAUUGAACGUGUUAACAUUGUUAUUAACUACGACAUGCCAGAUUCAGCUGAUACCUACCUGCAUAGGGUGGGUAGAGCUGGUAGGUUUGGCACCAAGGGUCUUGCAAUUACAUUUGUGUCAUCUGCAUCUGACUCUGAUGUUCUGAAUCAGGUCCAAGCAAGGUUUGAGGUGGACAUAAAGGAGCUCCCUGAGCAGAUUGAUACUUCAACAUAUAUGCCAUCAUAACGUUCAUGUGCAUUGAAGUUGACAAUUGAUGUAAUUGAGAGCUUGAUGGAUGUGAAAAAACCAAACAAGCAUUGAUUCAAUAUCUAGUAAUAUGUAGUGGAUUUAUGCAAAGAGUAUAUUUAGACUGGAGGUAGAUGAUGACUUCAAAUGUUGAGCUUAUAGCUGCGACUUUUAAAAUUAAAGUUAGUACUUUCGGACAUUUUUGGGUAAUUUGUUGGUCCCGUAUUGAUUAUCUUGUCUCUACUGUGUAUUCUAUAUAUUUUGGCUGCGUUAUUGCAUUAGAUAAACUUUGUUACAGAAUUAUAGUUAUUAAUUUAUACUUCUUAAUCUUCAA